UUUUAUUAGAUCAGAGGGUGUUUGAAGAAACAUAAUUUUUCAUCUAAUGUUAAACUUUUUCAUAAAUUACCUCGUAGACUUGUCUUUCCUUUAAGAGAGUUGGUUGGAGAAUCUAUUCUUCAUGCUGGGCAUGUAUUUCUUGGAUUCACAAGGGAUGGCCAUUUUCUGUUGUCAUAUACUGUUCAAGUUGAGGUUGAUGUGAAUACAUCAGCACCUUGUUAUAUAUAUCAACUACAUUGGUGGCAUUUUAUGCCUUAUCGCCCUUUGAAGAAAAUGUCAGAAGUACGCCUGUUUGGAGAAAAUGAAAUUAACCAGGAUUUAAGAAUUGUGGUUUGUCAGUGGCCUAUGGAUGAAGAAAAUAUAUUGAUAUAUGGUUGUUGCACUUCUUCUGUCCAAGAUGCAGUUCAGUGUUACUUAACAAUAACAGCACAGCCUUCUCUUCAGCAAUGUAGUGAUUGUAUGACAUUAAAAGAUAAACAGAACAGAGAUGAAUUUUUAUGUAAUGAAGGAAGCCAUACCAUUCGUUGUUUGAAACAUUGUUUUACUAUUCAUACAAAUUUCAUACUUGUACCUCCAUAUCCUUCCUUCAGUCCCUCCAUAUGCAUGAAAAAAGAUAAGAUGGUGCUUAUUAAUACUGGUGACAAUAUUGUGUCUUUGAGCAUUAGUGUAGAGACUCAGAUUUCUUCAUCCGCUCAGUCUCAUCAUUCAUGUGAUCUCAAUAAGCCUAACAAUUCAACGUGCAAUCUAGACAAGAUUAGGAAAAAUAUUUCAAACAAAACUGAAACAUUAAUAUGUUCAGGAACACAGAAGGAAAAAAGAAAUAUGGAAGACAAACAAUGCUCGGAAACUGAUAACAACAGUAUUUCUAAAAACAAAAAAACUUCUUGUCAAAGCGAAAAUUCAUUACAUUGUUGCCUAAGUGAAAAUCAUCUAGACUGCGCAAACAGUAUUUCUCCAUCCGACAGGAAGUCCGACCAACAGUUUAAUGUAAAAAGUAAUGACAUAACAUGUGAUUUAAAACAGUUAUCUGAAGACGGACUUUUCUUUAGCAAUCAUAAAAAGACCACAAAUACUGAUCAUUCUAUAUUUCUUCAUGAAAAAUUUUCAGAAAGCAUGUUUCAAAAUGAAGAUAAUCAAAUAUAUAAGCAGAAUUGUAGACAGAUAUACACAAAAGACAAUAACAUUCAUAAAACCAAUAAUCAGAACUCUGAUCAAGAUAGUUCAUCAAUGUUACCUGUUUCAUCAAAUUGUGGAAAAUUUCAAAAUAUGCCUUCUUUAUCAUCAAAUGAAAAAACGAAACGUACAGUAUCAGAAGACUGUGAGAAAACAUCAAUUGAUAAAAGAAGAAAAUCUUCUGAUGUUAAAUAUUCAAAUGAUUUAAACGUUAAUCAUUCUUUAUACUGUGGAGAAUCAGAUUUGAUGAAGACUGAUCAUCGAUGUAAUGAUAAAUCAGAAUUUUUAAAAGUAAAUCAUUCAUUUCCAUUAAAAAAUGUUGAUGAAGCGAUUAAAGAAAAUAUUUCACCUGAUCCAAAUAAAAACUGUGCUUGUUGUGAAUUAUAUAAAUUUUCAUUAGAAAAUUCAAGUGAAGUUUCAGCAAAAAAUAGAACUGAUUUUGCAUUUUGCACAUCACAUAAUUGUAGUGUCACAAAUAACAUUAAAUUGAAUCAGAUGUUGUUCACAAAAAAGUGUGUUUCGGAAGCCAUUCAUCAUUUUAUGCAAGAUGACGAUUUCACUAGAAGUAAUAUAAGAGAUGAUGCAGAUGUUAAUGAGUCACUAAUACAUCAUGAAGUAGAAGAAUUAAUUAAAAAUAUGGGAAAGAUUUUCUUGCAACUAAUGGGUGGUUCAGUUUGUGGAGAAAACAAAAAAUCAUUGGGUACAGAUGCAAUCAUGGCAGUGGUGGAUUUCUGUGCAGGCACACACCUCGUGUGCCUGCGCAGAAAUCCACCACUGCCAUGA